UUGCUGCUCUUUUUACCUCUUGGGGCGGGGGGAGGAAAGCAAGAUGGCGGAACUAGGGAAAAAGUAUUGCGUGUACUGCUUGGCUGAGGUCAGCUCGCUUCGUUUCCGCUGCACCGAAUGUACCGAUAUCGAGCUUUGCCCCGAAUGCUUCUCAGCGGGCGCCGAGAUUGGCCCGCAUAGGCGCUGGCAUGGCUACCAGCUGGUAGAUGGUGGGCGUUUCACUCUCUGGGGUGCCGAGGCCGAGGGUGGCUGGAGCAGCCGCGAGGAGCAACUCUUACUGGAUGCUAUCGAGCAGUUCGGCUUCGGCAACUGGGAAGAUAUGGCUACUCAUGUUGGAGCAUCACGAACGCCUCAAGAAGUUAUGGAACACUAUGUGAGCAUGUAUAUACAUGGAAAUCUUGGAAAAGCCUGCAUUCCUGACGUUAUUCCUAAUAGAGUGACUGAUCAUACAUGCCCGAGUGGUGGUCCACUUUCUCCAAGCCUUACCAUGCCUCUGCCACCUUUAGAUAUAUCAGUGGCUGAACAACAACAGCUUGGAUACAUGCCACUUCGAGAUGAUUAUGAGAUUGAGUAUGAUCAAGAUGCUGAGACUCUAAUUAGUGGCCUUUCAGUUAAUUAUGAUGAUGAUGAUGUGGAAAUAGAAUUAAAAAGAGCUCAUGUGGAUAUGUAUGUAAGAAAACUGAAAGAGAGGCAGCGGCGAAAGAACAUUGCUCGUGACUACAACUUGGUUCCUGCAUUUUUAGGGAAGGAUAGGAGAGAUAAAGAAAAACCUUCAAAACGCAAAACUACAAAAGAAGAAAAGGAACUGAGGUUAAAAUUGAGGUCUCUUUAUCAGUUUAUGUCUUGCAAAGAAUUUGAUGAUUUCUUUGAAAAUCUACACAAGGAAAAGGUGCUUCGAACAAAAAUAAGAGAACUCCAGCGUUAUCGCCGAAAUGGCAUAACAAAAAUGGAAGAGUCUGCAGAAUAUGAAGCAGCUAGACACAAACGAGAGAAAAGGAAAGAAAAUAAAAACAUUGGUACUUCUAAAAGAGGAAAGGAUGAGGGUAAAGAUGGAGAAUUCUCUGCAAUUGAAAAUCUUCCUGGCUUUGAACUGUUAUCUGACCGAGAGAAAGUACUUUGUAACUCUAUUAAUCUGAGUCCAGCACGCUAUGUGACGGUUAAAACUAUAAUUAUUAAAGAUCAUCUCCAAAAAAGGCAGGGCAUCCCCUCAAAAAGUCGCCUUCCUAGUUACUUGGAUAAGAUACUAAAAAAAAGGAUUUUGAAUUUUUUGACAGAAAGUGGUUGGAUAUCCAGGGAUGCUUCUUAAAUCUUGACUACUUUGAAAUAACAUCAGUAUCAACAGAAGAACCAACAUUCGCCAUUGAUCUAGUUACCAGCUUUUUUUAACAUCCAAGAUCUUGUAAAAAAACUCACUCAACUGGAUUUUUCUGUAAUGGAUCAUGUACAUGUUAGAUCUUAUUUUAUGAACCACUUUACAUAUUACCUUAAAACAGCACACUCUGGGUGAAGUGGUUUGUUUUACCAGUGUAUCGGAAGUGAGAUGGGAAACUCUGAUAAUACUUACUGAACUC